GGCCCUUCCUGCGGUGUUAUUGAGUGAUUUUCGACCUUGAACCUUGCCUGCUUGCCUGGGGGCCAUGCGGCUUCUUCGGAGUCUCGGCUCUUGCAGUAGCAGCAACUGACUUUUGACAUUCCCGUCAGAGCGACGGUCGAGCGCAACCUUCCAGCCUUCCGCCCCUCAUCGCUCGACCUCCCCGUUGCACUCCAUUCCAGAGCAGUGCGGCAGUUCAAAUCCACGACAGACACGACAUGCCAAAUGGUCUGUCUGUCUGCUGUCUGCUGACUACCUGUCUCUCUCUCUCUCUCUCUCUCCCCCCUGUGCUUCGAGUCCACCGAUUUCUUGAUUGAAAUACGGUCAACGGGCCACCGCAUCACGACAUCACGACGACAGGUUCAAUCCGCCGUGAUUGACCGACGCGACAAGAAUUAAUUCUUCCAACAUACCGACUGUCCACGCCGUCGAAUACACACCUGCACGACAAAACGAUGCCCGUCUUCGACGCCAGGGACAUCUUGUCCUUCGAUCGCGGCGACAACGACACGGACACGGUCAUUGCGGGCAUCCACUUCAACCUGACGGCUCUCCAGCAUUGGAACUUCACCCUCUACUCCAAUGGCACCCUGUCCAACGGCUCCCGGUGCCUGCUGACCUCGGGUCCCUAUGGCGACUUCACGCCCAAAUAUGUCUUCCCCAACGGCACGUUCCUCAACACCACCUCGUGCUACUCGCCUAUCAAGCCCAUCUCCACCAGGGGCUUCAUCAGCAUCGGCCUGGCUGUCGUCUUCGGCCUGGCCCUGAUCUUCACCCUCAUCUGCCUCCGCAGGCACGGCCGCAUGUACCUCCCCACCGAGAAGCGGUUCAGGCCCGUCGGCAGGAGGUGGCAGUGGUACUGGAUGAUCGCAAUGUGCGCCACCGGCUUCAUCAGCCUCGUCACCAACAUCGACGUCGACCGCUACUUCCUGCCCGAGAUCCCCAUCGUCCUCACCUCCUUCUUCUGGUUCCUCAUGAACCUGUGCACGAUGGCCUGCGUCUGGGAGGCAGUCCGCCACUGGGGCAGCUGGCAGGAGAGGCAGUUUAUCGACCCGGACCCCUUCCGCCUCAAGAUGGACGACAAGAGGGCAAAGUUCGAGUUCUGGGUGCCCCUCUUCUUCUACCUCUGGUGGUGGCUCGACUUCUUCAUGGGCAUCCCUCGCAACUGGGGCAGCCUCGAACUGCAGCGCUACCCCGAGCAGACCCGCCUCCGUGCCGCCCCCGGCGCCACCGACAACAGGCUCAAGGCCGCCGCCUUCCUGCUGCUCAUGUGCUGGCUGACCACCGUCUACUACCUCCGCCACUCGAUCAAACACUACAAGGAGCGCAACAGGGGCAUCUUCAACCGGGCUGUCGGCUUUGUCAAGUUCACCCCUUACCGCUUCAUGCUCAUCCUCCCCCUCGCCCUGUCCGUCGUCGCCUACCAGGCACUCAGCGCCUGGGAGUUCCAGUACUCGGUCAUGGACAUCAGAGGCGACAACGUCUCCACCUUUGUCGGCGGGUACGCCCCGGCCCUGUUGAUCAUGCUCGUCCAGAUCGUCGCCGGCUUCCUCAACCCCAACGAGGACAGGGAGCUCAUCCGCCAGCGCCGGAUCCGCGGGGCCGCCGCCGACCACGAGCUCGGCGUCGUGCGGAAGCCCGCCUGGUGGAGGCGUGCCAACGGCGAGGUGCACGACGGCGAGACCAUGCGCGAGCGCAUCGCGAGGAACGUGCGCGAGGUCGGCGGCGGCCGCGCCACGGCCAAGAAUAUUGACGAGAUGCACGAGGUCCGCACCAGGGAAGCAGGGUCCGCCAGCGCCCCGGCAGACGUCGAGGCCGGUCAGGUCCGACGGACGGCGUCCAACGCUGGCGGCGGUGGUGCUGUCGGCGCAGCAGCACGGCCGACCCCGGGCGGCGGCGUCACGACCUACUCGGGCAGCAACAACGACCGCCGCCGGACAGAACAGGCCAUGCAGGCCGUGGCAGGCCUGCUGUUCCCCAGCGCCGGCAACCCGCAGGGCUUUGUCGACCGCGUGAGCUACAUCUCGGCGGACGGCCCGCCCCCGCCUUACCCGGAGCCCCAAGCCCAGCCCAAGCCCCAGCAGCCACCGCAGCACCAGGAGGAGGCGGAGCGGGGCCGGCAGCGCAGUGACGAUUCGAUCCGGGCCACCGCCGCCGAGAGGAGCACGAGCGCGAACACGAGCAACUCCCUCGCGUCGCCGCCGCAGCAGAUCAAGAGCAUGUUGGAUGUAUAGCGUGCCCGUUGGGUGGCACGCGUGCAUGCAUGCGUGUAUCUAGGCACGCAUGAUGCUGCCUCGCAUGCCCUGCCCGUUCCGUUCUGAAAUGCUCCUCCCGCCUUUGUUUGUCCGUUGGUUUAUUAUUUAUUAUGAGACAUGAGGAUAUACUCGCGCAAAUGAACACUAUGUAUGGGCUGGGAUAAAAUUACAAACAAACACUCUUUUAUAAUCAUUAGCAUAUUGCUUGGAGAUGGCACCCCUCCCAAGUCUGGCGUUGUUGGCGGGUCUCGCUCGAUAUUUUAUGGAUGGGGUAGCUUGCGGGUGAGGCCGAUGGACAGGCACGACACUCCUUUGUGGGUGAAGGGGGGGGGUGGCGAGGUAUUGUAUAUAGACUUGGUAAUUGUUGUAGUUAAGAUUUAAUUGUGGUUCGGACUUGGGCCAACGAA